CCACAGUAACAUGACACCGGAGACGAGCGGUCCAAACAAGCCUGCAAAUAAAUGAGGCGUUCCCAUCCGCCCAGCCUGUCUGUCUGUCUGCCUCCCUAACGGAGCUCCAGAGCGUCUGGAACACGCGCAGUCGACCGCCCCUGAAAAGAUCAGUUCCAGAGAUAUACGCCCCCCCUUGACGCCACCGCUUGCAAAGCAAGCUCUCGGAUGUAAUUUUUUCGUGCGUGUCGAAAAGUCGCAGCGCCUGGACAAAUUCCUCUCUUUAAAAGCGAGAACUAUGCUAGGACGUUGAGGAGGAGGACAAACUCGCUUGCAAUCGUCGACGAGCUUCGAUAGCAUUUAUUUAGCCUCUAGACGAGCUAAUUGGCUAACGUAUAAUUACAUGGGAACGUCGUGUUUGCAGAGCAGACGCUGAGUGAACGAAUUUGUUGUACAUCCGAGAAUGUUAAAUGGAUAAUCAAAUGACAUGUGCGUCGUUUUUACGCCACAUUUUUUGUCUUUAGCUAAGUUUCCCCCCUUCACGAGCCAGACGUCUAGAUGCUAGCAUGUCAGCUUGUCGGGAUGGCUUGUUUUCGCAAAUGCGUUUAAUAUACACCAAACAGGCCGAUCGCUUAGGUUUUAUGCAGGAAUCAAUCACCGGACGACGUUAGAGUUGUUGUUUACCCCCUUUUGACGGCACAGAAGCGACCUUUUAGCUGCAUCAAAUGUAUAGCUAUAUGCCAGAGAGCAUUUCAACGAAUUGAGCUGACCCGAGGAUCUGCGAAGGUGGAAACAUUGAUGUGGUAAAAGCAAAAAGAAGAGGACCAGAAAGUACAUCAAGUGUGUGGAUUAUCUCCAAGUUAAAGACCAAAGUCUAUCUAUACGAUUAUGCCUUUGGGCCGAACUACAACGAUGCAAUACCUCGCCAAAUUCGGCUUUUGCUUGGCUCUUCUCCUUACUCCAGUGGCUGCGGCACAGGGUGAAGAGCGUGAGUGUGCAUUCACCGACCAGCAGCAUCAGGAGGUUGAGCGAGUGGCGUUAGGCGAGGGCUGGGUCUCUCCCGAGAAUACAACCAUCCGAUGCGCCAAGGGCGGCCACUGCUUCGGCUUGUGGGAAAAAAGUACACCCGGCGAUGUCCGUCUAGUCAAACAAGGUUGUUGGCCCCACCUUGGUGACCACCAAGAUUGUCGUGAUGACCGCUGCAAGGUGAAGAAUAUCCAGAAUGGGACGUACUACUUCUGCUGUUGCGGCAGUGACAUGUGCAAUGUCAACUUCACAGAGGAUUUCCCACCUCCGAGCCCCACUACUGCACAGCCCAUCUACCCUCACACUCUGAGUUACGAAGAGACAAUAAUAAUUGCCCUGGCAACAGUCUCUGUGCUGGCUGUCGUCGCGGUAGCUGCUUUCUUUGGUUAUCGCAUGAUGCCUGGAGAUCGUAAGCAAGGUCUUCACAAUCUGAACAUGAUGGAGGCUGCUGGCUCAGAGAGCUCUUUGGACCUAGAUAAUCUUAAACUACUUGAGCUGAUUGGUAGGGGCCGAUACGGUGCCGUCUAUUGCGGCUCCCUAGAUGAGCGACCUGUUGCCGUUAAGGUCUUUACUGCCGCUAACCGCCAGAACUUUCUGAACGAAUGCUCCAUAUACCGGUUGCCACUACUCGAACACGACAACAUCGCCUGCUUUGUGGCUGCCGAUGAGCGGACAGGCCCAGAGGGGCGCACCGAGUACCUGCUGGUCAUGGAUUACUACCCACACGGAUCGCUGAGCCGCUACCUGAGCGUUCAGGCCAAUGACUGGGUCAACAGCUGCCGGCUUGCUCAUUCCGUCACACAUGGCUUGGCGCAUCUGCACACAGUACUUGUCAAAGGAGAUAUGUACAAACCAGCGGUCUCACACAGGGACCUGAACAGUCGGAAUAUUCUUGUCAAGGCCGAUGGCACCUGUGUGAUAAUCGAUUUUGGCCUGUCCAUGAAGCUGACGGGUAACAGGCCAGCACGCCACGGCGAAGAGGAAAACACUGCUAUCAGUGAGGUGGGCACCAUCCGUUACAUGGCGCCAGAGGUCUUGGAGGGAGCAGUGAAUCUAAAGGACUGUGAGUCUGCGCUGAAGCAGGUGGACAUGUACGCUCUGGGCUUGGUCUACUGGGAGAUCUUCAUGAGAUGCACAGAUCUUUUCCCCGGUGAAUCUGUACCAGAGUACCAGAUGGCAUUCCAGGCGGAGGCCGGAAACCACCCGACGUUUGAGGACAUGCAAGUGCUGGUGUCAAGGGAGAAACAGCGGCCCAAAUUCCCAGAGGCCUGGAAAGAGAACAGCUUGGCUGUCCGCUCUUUAAAAGAGACUAUGAAUGACUGCUGGGACCAGGAUGCAGAGGCCCGCCUCACAGCCCAGUGUGCAGAGGAACGCCUGGCAGAGCUGCUCGUCAUUUGGGACCGCUCCAAAUCGGUCAGCCCCACGCUCAACCCCAUGUCAACCACUCUGUAUAAUGAGAGAAACCGUGUGACACCCAAGUCUGGCCAAUAUGCGGAUCAUUCCUCCACUUAUAUUGAAGAGCAUGAAGGCGUGCCUAAAAACACACAGGGCGAUACUUCAAGCUCUGCGGGUGGCAGAGUCGGAGGCGGAACCGGAGAGAGGAACAGGAACUCUAUCAACCAAGAGCGUCAGCAACAAGCGAACGCCCGGCUGCCCAGCCCUGAGGCUAGCAGCACCAGCGGAGCUUGCCUGGGUCUAAGAGGGAGCCCCUCGGCCUCCACUACAACCACCACCAUAAUUUCUGAGUCUGAGGGGCCUGUGGCGGCACCAGCAGUGCCGGUCUGCCUUCACCUAACACAGGAAGACCUGGAGACCACCAAGCUUGACCCCAAAGAGGUGGACAAGAACCUGAAAGAAAGCUCAGAUGAGAACCUGAUGGAACACUCUCAAAAGCAGUUCUGCUCACCGGACCCUCUGAGCCCAGGCAGUUCAAGCUUGCUGUACCCCCUUAUCAAGAUGGCCACUGAGGCCUCGGGUACGUCGGAACCUGCUGCUCCAAUGCCUCCCACAGUUUUCCCACUGCCUAAACAACAGAACCUGCCCAAAAGGCCAUCAAGCUUGUCCUUGCGUAACAAGCCAGCUAAGAAGGAGCCAUCAUCCUCUUCACUCAGGUUCAAGUUCGGACGCUCGGGCAAGUCCAACCUACGGCAAGUGGAGGGUUCCAAGAUUAACAGUGGUGCAGUAACAGGCCCCAACUUGGAGGUAGAAGCUCAUCGAGGAGCAGGCAUAAACAAUAUACCCGCUCUACGGGACGCACACACUAACAGCGGUGUAAAUGGCGCCGUUAACGGUCACAAUGGCAGCAUUAUCUCUUCCGUGGCCACUGGUGGAGAUACGGGUUUUGGAGGGUCCGGUUUCAUUCCGAGUGGAAACGGAGCGUUACGGUCUGAUGACAGUCGUCUUAGCCUUGGCGUCAUCACGGCCAGCCCUGACGAACACGAGCCUCUACUGAGCCGCGAGCAGCCAGAUCCCGGGGACACGUCCUCGGGUGUGACCGCGCUCCGCUCCGCUCGACCCAACACCAACAAUAACAAUAGCAACACAGGCCAUGGCCGGGGCGAUGGCGACAGCGGAGGCGAGAGCGAAGGAGGCGGAGAGGAGGAUUCGAGUAUGGAAGGAGGGAGUGGAGCUCCGAACGGGCCACCAGGCGAAAGCGCGGGACCCGGCUCUGGUGUUUCAGACUUCCCGGUGACGGUCACCAUGCGAGAUGAGUCCCUGCUCAGACAGCCCAGAGUUCGCAGACCAGAGAGACCAAACUCCUUGGACCUGUCCUUCACUACACAAGACCUGGCCUCUUUAGGCGCCAGUUUGGGGCACCCCGACAGCGCUUUGGGCACCAGCGAUAAGAUCAAGAAGCGCGUCAAGACUCCAUACUCCUUGAAGAAAUGGCGGCCGACCACGUGGGUCAUCUCCACAGACGCAAGGGGGCUCGAAGUCAACAACAACAACGGCUCUGGGCGGGGCCAAGGCCACAACCGGCCCAAGUCCACUUCGGCCAUCUACCUGCGGGGUGGAGACUUGGUCGGUGAGCGCAACGACACACGCGUGUGAGCGCACCGGCAUUCUGUUAAAGACUUGUUAAAGACUAAAGAAGAGAAAACCACUGAGGUUGUUUCUUUUUGUUUUGAGGGGUGUCAGAUCAGAAUAAUCGAGAGAAGGCUACGGCGAAUCGUGGCCUAAUAGUCGAGUCCGAUGUACAGUACAGUAAUUAAGGUCUCGCUGCUGUGUGUCUAUUCCGAUGGCGUCAUGUGCUUUAAACGCAAUCCAAGCUAUGCAGCGUUCUUUCCCCGCUUAUCCAUUUCCUUCACUGCAGCCGCUAUCCCCUGUAUGUUCGCUCCUCACACGCAUACAAGUGUUUUCUUUCUACGUGCACUUUGAGCCGAUGAGUUCGGCAUUUGGUCCUGCUCUGCCUGUCGUGACCGCAACACGGCACGGAAUUCAAUCACGUGGUCUCGCUUUUUUGUUCCAUUCAAGCACAAAGCCCUGUUGAUAAGAAGAAAUGGUCUUAAAAGACAGAAAAACUCAUUUUUAAUUGUAUUUUUAUUUGAUUUUUUUGGUAUGCAAGACCCGUUGUCGUGGACUUUCCAUGUAUUGUAUCAUCACACUAUUUUACUUGUGCAAUAGGAUGUAGUUUAUAGAUGCUUUUCAUAUUUUGUUUUUAACCAUCAAUCAUGUUUUAAAUAUGUCAAUCUCCUUUGCACUUAUGAUUAGUCACAAUCAUCAACCUUGCCCUCCCAAACCCUGAUUGAAGAGGGAAAAACAAAUGACAAUCCUUCUUUUUCCAUCUCUGGGGAUUCCUAAUUGGGGCACCAACAAUCAAACUCAUCUGAGUGGUUGAGAACAUUGCCCCCCCCCCCUUUCCACAUAAUCACACCAUACAUUUUAUUGUUUGUGUAAUGCUCACAAUCGAAGGCUCUUGUCUAAGUGUCACACGUUAUGUCCGACUUUGUCUAUGUGACUGAAUUUAUAACCUGAGACUUCAAAAAAAAAAUUGUCCUAUUUCCACUUUUUGGAAUUGUGCUGGAAAUUUAAAAAGAAAAAUAGUGACAGAAUAACUCACCCUUUUAAAAGCACGUUGAAUAUUUGUACGUCUACUUGUCACAUUGCUUAAUGUGUGAAUGGGUCGUUCUACAGUAUGUACGGUAUGUGUGUGUGUUUCUUUGAGUAAUUUGUUUGCCUGGAGUCCAGCGCUGUACAUUCAAUGUUUGCUGUAACCAUUCUCUAUUCCCAGCGCCACUUCAGGAUCAAUUAAAAAAAGAUCGCAUUUAAGUUUUUGUAAUCUGUAAUUUGUAUGCAAGAAAAAACAAAUAUUGCAUUUAUUUGCAUAUUUUUAUGGGAUUCUGUGUUGCAUUCAAUGGACAUGGAUGACCUUGGAUUCCAUUGCUUCACGUUUGCUUGAUACAAUUUCCAUAAACCUUUUAAGACUAUGGAAGAAAAAAAAUCUCAAUAA